CUGGAGCUGAGACUGUGGAUGGAAUUUGCUGUGUGAGGGUCUGUGCCUGCCUGAAGCAGCUUGGAGCAUUUUCUCCAAACAGAAGGACUCUCAAAAGGCAUGACUGCACCACGCAGCUAAGAGUAGCUCUGUUAGAGAAGUGCCAGUGAGCAGAGGGAUCUGUACAUUGAAGAGGUUCUGCUGUGACUCAUGCAGAUAUUUCAAAGCCAAGAUUUUUAAAUAUUAUGGAAGAAGCCUGGCCCAGAGAUGGACAGUCCUAAAAAGCCACAACGGUUACAGCUGUCUAAACCAGAAGAUGACAAUGAUAAUAAUCUCCCAGAAAAACGCUCACCAAUCUCCUCUAGAAUCUGGCAGGAAGAAGACCCUACCUGCAAUCCUGGGUUCAGUGGAGAGGACCGUAGCAUGCGAAACUUUUGCAUCAGGCUUCAAAGUGACCAUGACUUCAUGGAAGGAAGUUUCAGCUUUGACCUGGAUGGAGACAGCAUUCUAGGAGCUAAAAGAGAAAACUUUGUGGAACCUUUGAGUCGCCUUCCAGUUCAAGACCCUAAACAUGGGGAAACAUCAAUAAAUAAAGAAUCUAGGCAUUCAGAUUUUAACACAAUUGGCACAGGUGACUCAGAAUUUCAGUGCAAGAGAUCUCAAGAGUGUCCAAACACUACCUCAGUGGAAACAACACAGAAGGACAAUUUACUGGAAUGCAAAAGGGAAUGCAAGACUGAUGAAGGUAAACAGCACAGCUUAAGCACUCUAAUCAGUCAGCAGCCUAAUUCAGAUAAUGAUGUAACUGGAGAAGGACAUUCCUCUGAAUCAUUGUUAAUAGAGAGCAAAGCCACCAAGGUGCCUGAACAAAACCUUGAACAAGUUUCAUUUUAUGAAAAACAUUUAGAUUUGGAAUCUUCUACUUGCUCAGUAAUACAUGCUGAGUCAAAAGAAAAAAAUAUCUCACAAUCUUCACAUGAAAUCCAUGGGAUAGAGCCAGACACAAAAGAGACACCCAAGAAUGUUCCAGGGUCAGAAUCAUACAGCAUGGAAAUCAAAGCAAUCAAGGAACAAGUCCUGCCAAAUACUUCCUCAGAUAAUAGUAAAGAUCUUAGUCUUGCAGAUAAAAACUCAGAAGAAGCAGUAACAAAAUCAUUUAGACAAGACACUGAAGCAAAAACAAAUCAUGAGAAAGCAUCACUAGUCUCAAAAGAAGAGGGUACUUCCUUGAAUGAGUCUAAUCAAAAUACUAAUGCAAUAGCUGACCAAGCAACGCACAGAUCUAUCGCAGUAAGUCCAAUUGCACCUCCAGAAGGUAACCAGUCUUUUACCUUUCAAACUGCAACAAGAAUUCCAGAAGCAUCAAAUAUACAAUACAGAACUGUAGCUGUGAGUCCUUUUGUUUUAGGUGAAGGGAGCUCAUCGUUUUUGUUUCAGAGUGGAACAGCCACCAAUAUACAAUAUAAAUCUGUGGCUGUAAGCCCCAUUGUUCCAUCAGAAGGAUGCUCCUCCUUCACUUUUCAGAGGGGAAUAGACACCCAGGAGUCAUCUAAAGUACAGUGUAGAUCUAUAGCUGUAAGUCCUAUUGUUCCUCCAGAAGGAAGUUCAUCGUUCACUUUCCAAAGUGGACUGGGGACUCAAGAAAACUCCAAUGUACAGUAUAGAUCUGUGGCUGUGAGCCCUAUUGCUCCACCAGAGGGAAGCACAUCGUUCACUUUUCAAAGUGGAAUGGGGACUCAAGAAAACUCCAAUGUACAGUAUAGAUCUGUGGCUGUGAGCCCUAUUGUUCCACCAGAGGGAAGCACAUCAUUCGCUUUUCAAAGUGGAAUGGGGACUCAAGAAAAAUUAAAUGUACAGCAUAGAUCUGUGGCUGUGAGCCCUAUUGUUCCACCAGAUGGAAGCUCAUCUUUCAUUUUUCAAAGUGGAAUGGGUACUCAGGAAACAUCAAAUGUACAUUAUAGAUCUGUGGCUGUGAGUCCUAUUAUUCCACCAGAAGGAAACUCAUCUUUAUUUUUUCAGACAGGAAUGGGUACUCAGGAACUCUCUAGAGUACAACAUAGAUCGGUGGCUGUUAGCCCAUUUGUUCCAUCUGAUGGAUCUUCAUCCUUCACAUUUCAGUCUGAGCACAACUCCCAGCCUGCCCCAAAUCAUACAGGUUCAUCAAAUAUUUCAAAAGCCUAUACUUUUGAAUUAGCUCCUCCCAAUCAGGGUGUAGGAGCCGAGACCAGAGCUGAGUGUCGAUCCAUUGCAGUGAGCCCUAUAGUUCCACCUGAUGAGUCUACAUUUACAUUUCAGAUGCAGAAAAUUCCAUCAAACAUGGAAACAGGUUAUCAUAAAGAUAGUUUAGACUUACUUCCUAAAACAUAUUCAUUUGAACUGACACCUCCUAAUCAAGAUGUUGGGAUCCAGGCAGACACCAGAGCAGAAUGUGUUUCAGUUGCUGUGAGCCCAAUUAUCCCACCUGAUGCAUCUUCGUCUUUCAUAUUUCAGUCAGAUCAAAAGCAACAGGAAUGGAGCUGUAAUGAAAACAAGCCAGAUUAUGAGUUACUUACACCAAAAAAUCAAGAGAGUGGUAGCAAGGCUUACACUACAGUGCAAUAUGUAUCAGUGGCAGUAAGCCCCAUUGUACCACCAGAGGGAUCCUCCACAUUUUCUUUUAUAUCAGAGAGAGCUGCUGCAGACCAGAGCAGAUCAAAAGAAGGUCAAUGUGUAGAUAAUCUUUCAACGACGUGUUCACUUGAGCUCAUUUCCCCUGCUCAGGAUAAUAGAGUAGAAUAUAAAUCUGUAGCAGUGAGUCCAAUAGUCCCACCUGAGGAGUCUUCUUUUACUUUCCAAUCUGAAAACAAAAAAGAUGAUCCUUGCUCUAUAACACACGGGAAAGAUAACUUUAACAAGUCAUGUUCUUUUUCAUUUAAGCCUCCCACCCAGGACAUUGGGGUACAAACUGACAAUAUAUCUGAAUUUGUUUCCAUAGCUGUAAGUCCAUUUGUUUUCUCUCAGGGUCCUGGGACUUUUACAUUUCAAACAGAAGGGAAGCAGCAAGAAUUGUCCUUGAAACAACAAGACCAGGCUAAAGAGAAUAAGAGUUGCCAAAUUCGAGAUUUUGGGACUCAGACUGAUAAUACUGUACAGUGUACAUCAAUAGCUGUUAGCCCGUUUAUACCUGCAGAAGGAUCAUCCUUCCAGUUUCAAACUGAAAGCCCCUGUCAAAGCUUUCUAAAUACGGCAUGUUCACAUGUUCUAGAAAAGCCAGUGAUGAAAGAUGCAGAGAUGCAGGUGUCUUUUUCAGCUGAGAUGAAAUCUGUUGCAACAGACCCUAUGACACCUAUUCGGAAAUCACCUCAGACUUCUUACCCCGAGGUGCAAGUUAAAGCUAAGGGAGAUCAUCCAGAACCAGUGCGAGAAGUCAGCUGGGAUGAAAAAGGAAUGACAUGGGAAGUUUACGGAGCAUCUAUGGAAGUAGAAGUGCUGGGGAUGGCCAUACAGAAACACCUGGAAAAACAAAUUGAGGAACAUGGGAGACAGAAAGUGAUGACACCUCAGAAUACAAGAGGUAGUUCUGUUCGUGGUGCCUCUGUUAGGAGUGAGGGAAAACGCCAACCUGGUACUUUCCGUACAUUUUUCCACCGGCGACCCCGAUGCUGCUCGGGGGCUGGCCCAGCAGUAGAAUGAUUUGACCAGUGUUCAAAGCCAUUUUCUAAAUAUUUUAAGGAAAUGUAGAUUUGUCUGAUUUUACCUUUUACUAUUUUAUUAAACCUCAAAUUUUCGAGGAAGGAAGAAGAAGCACUCCGUGAAGAUGGUGAAUUGUAGAUGCUUUUAUUUGGUUGUGGCUGUUGUGGAUAAAGAUGAUGCUGAAUCUGUGUCAAAUAAGUGGACCAACUGAAGGAAAAUUGUAUCACUGAUAAAGGGAUCGCUGCCUAACAGUUGGCAGGGCCACAUUUAAAGCUGGAAAGUAAAUAGAAUUGUUUAGUGUUAAGCACAGCUCUCUGAUCUGAACUGCAAAAAAUGCUAUGGGUUCUGUACAUGACAUAAGCCUUAACAUGAUCAUUGUGAGUGGGAGUAUCUACUAAGCUUCUUCAUCAGGCAAUGUCAGGGUUCAUAUGUUAAUUGAUGCAUUAUUAGUCACAAGAAUGCCAUUGGAAUAUACCAUUUGAAGGCCUUUACUUUUAAGGUUUACCUAAAGCAUUGAAGAUAAGGUAAAAGGAAAAGUAUAAACAUAAUCAUUAAAUACCUUAGGCUAAUAUGCAGUUUUGUAGUUUUUGAUUCAGCCAUAUUUAGCAGCUUGCAGUCAUUUGAAAUAAAUGACCGUAUCAAGAGGGCCUUUUUACUUACCUACAUACAGAGAUGGGAGGAAAUAAGAAAGGAGUCGUGUGCACUGAAUAGUUUUUUUUAUUGCUUGUGGUUGAUAUGCUUGUAAUGUGUAGCACAGGGAUACCAUUUCUGUAUCUUUUAUUGGAUUACUGUUUCUUUAAUCAUUACUGAAAAAGUCGGUAAGAAUGAUAGUAAGCAAGCUUGGACUGGCUCCCAGGUGUGUCUUGCAACAGACAUAGGCAAAAGGGUGUUUGGUUCGCAUAGGAAAUAAGCUUCUUUGUUUUUGCUAAAGAUACUUUGCCUCUGUUGUUUUAAAUAAUUGUAUUUAAAUAGAAACAAUGUAAUUACUAAAGCACCCUCCUAAUAAUUAUUAAUACUGUUAAAUACAGUUGCUGAUCCCUUCUUUGAGAUUUGGCAUCUAACAAUUCUGAUUUGUAGUUGCUCUUCAAAAAUCAUUUACUGUCUUAAGGCUUAAUUCACACUACUGGCUUUUAUGGCAAUACACAACAGGGAUGCCAAAGUUUUUACCACAUACACAGGCUUAUAAGGUGCACGAUUAGGAGAGCACAGGUGCCAUUGGCCUGUUUAUGGUCAGUUUUAGUUGAUCUCAAUGAACUGGUUUUUUUUUGCAUCUGACAAGUAAUAUCAACUGGCUAUGAUCUGAAUCUGAUCUGGUCUAAGUCUGUAUCAUGAAUGAGAACGAAAACUUUCUUAAUAGGGUAAAUUAUGCCUAACAUCAGCAUUAGUUUGUUUAUGCCUACUUAUUUAUAGUGGAUUGUCAACAAUUAGAGAACAGAAGGAACUAACUUUCCCUUUUUCGCAUUGUCAUUGUCAGACUGGGGGGGCCCUCUGUGUUUUUUUUUCUCGGAGUCCCGCUCCCUGCCUUUAAUUUGUACCACUAAUAAAAUAAAACAUGUCCAGGGAAGUGUGUGCACAGUUUGAGUGCAUGUAUGUGUGGGGGGUAUGCUGGAUGCAAGUGUAAGGAAUAGGAUGUGCAAUUGGGGUGGGUGCCCUUGGGUAGCAGGCACCCCAGUCCAUCCCUGCAGCUAAAAACAUGAAGGCUAAGGGUUACAGGUAUAGCUUCACCUGGGUCAAUAACCUUUCGGGGAGAGUUCCAAAACUAGCCAAGGGAGGGCUAUUUGCUUCAAAAACAUUACAUACCAUUAUCUGUAUCAGUGUUUCACAGUCUUACAACUUGUCUAGACACAUUGACUAGACACAUGUAACAUAGCAGAAUAGCAGAAUAUCAGCAUGGUUAAGUUGUUUAGCAUUAAUAAACAAGAAAAUUAACAACAAAAACAGAAACAGCUAUAGUUACUCAAGGAGAGAACAGACAUUAACCUUAUACAUUUUAAAGGUGUAGGAGCUUGCAGGAGGGGAAGGGGAGCUAUUUUUCACUUCUGUCAAAUUGUUUAGAUCUAAAUACAAUUGUUCCCCUGGUAAUUUAAUGUGAUCAAUAGCCCCAUGCUAGCUUGGUACAUAUUUUUGUUCUGAUGGCAGAGUUAAUGCAGAGCAACAACAAUAUAAUCAUGAGCCUCUCAGAUAGACAGUCUAUUAACAAGAAUAUCCCUAAACCAUUCAGACAAACAAUGAUCCGUUAUAACCUUGAGUCUUUCAGGUAAAUUAUCCAUAACUAUUCUGAUUCAUGCUUCCUUAUUGAAAAUACACAGCCCCAAACUCUGUCCACUUCCCCCUAAGCUGCAUGAAUUAUCUGAUGUAUAAUGUGCAACUAUCCAGCCCACCCCCAGCCCAGAAACGGAAAAUACACAGUUUAGUAUUUACUAUAUAUUCUAUGUGGUGUGCGUAGUUCCAAGGGUAACAUUAACAUUAACAUUAACAGUUAUUUAUAAAGCGCCAACAUAUUCCGCAGCGCUGUACAAUAAGUGGGUUACAUACAUUGGACAUACAGAGUAACAUAUAAAGCAAUGAAUAACCGAUACAAGAGGUGAAGAGGGCCCUGCUAUACUAUAACAAAAUUACUUUUUACUAAAUUCCUUUAUUGGAAAUCUAUCCAUGAUAGGUUUUGCUUUGUUCAAUACUUACAAUUAUAUAAAAAAAAACAAAGAAUGCCAUUUCAUUUUAUACAAGGCAAACUAAACAGAAUUUAAAUCAUACAGCUAUUGGCUGUAGACAAGGCAAUAUAAUGACUAUAAGGUAUACUUCCUAGAGAUCAAUUAAUGUUUUGGUUUUUUUUAAACUUAAGCAAAAAUAGUUUGCCCAUAUUGAGUGAAUUUUUAUUUAUCUAAAUAGGUGAACAAAUAGAGUUAUAGCCUUUAGGUUUCAUAUUCCUCUCUAUUAAAUUAUCUCUUGCUAGGCAGAUUUGCAGUGCAUGGUGGGCAAUUCAGGAUAAUUAUAGCUAUAAAUUAGACAUACCCUUGCUGACAGAUCUAAGGAGAAUAUAAUUAAGCAGACCGUUAAUUACAAUUUAAGUGGACAACCAUGAUUCUGAACAGUUCAAAUGUUUACACUUUUAAACACUUUUCCAGUCAGAAAAGUGUUGGAUGCAUUUCUACAUAUAUUAAAGUAGAUCAAUGCAUCAGCUCAUCAGAAUCAUUACCAUUGCUUUGGUAUAUGGGUUGUUAGAGCUCAGUGGCAGCACUUACUGUAACCCUGCACCCUAACAAAUUAUUAAAUCCCAAUAUCUAAAAAGAUAUUGGGAAAAGCAAUACAUUCAAAUAAAUACAUUGCUUACUUGCCGUGUAUUGUUACCAUUUGGUAAAGAAAAACACCCCAGUCUAUAAUAAAUCAGCCCCUUAGAGUUUCUUGGCUUUUUUUGAAAAUCAAUAAUUUUGGAUCUUCCUCAGGAAUCAAUGUUUCAAAUAUAACUUGGGCAGUAUGGUGGCUUAGUGGGUAGCACUUGCAGCGCUGGGGUCCUCAGUUCCAUUCUAGUAUGGCCAAGGAGUUUAUGUGUUCCCGCUUUGGGCGUACUCUGAUUUUUUCCUAUGCUCCAAAACAGGUAACAAAGUGGCUCUUGAUAAAACUGACCUGUGUGUGGUAAGGACCUUAGAUUUUAGUUUCACUGCAUCAGAGUAUGAUGUAAAAUCUUAUAGUAUUGGCAAUAUAUAAAUAAUAGAUAAAUAAAUAAUGAGAAUUCUACUGCACCAGCCUGCUUUUUGCAAAAAAAAAAAA